CUAAUAUAUGGGGUAUCGGUCUAGUAAGUAUAUCGAAACGACUGGGCGAUCAACGCUUAUAAUACAUAUAUUGAUUUAUUGACCUUUGGAUUAGUUAAUGUUCAACGCAUUGACUCUGUUCCACACCGACGAUGAGGACUGGCAGCCACGAAUAUGUCACGUAAUAAUGCCGGACGGCAUAAGUAAAGACCUCAACACAUGGGCUCCGUUCUUAGUCGGCGAUGAGGUGUACGAGGAAUUCACAUACUAUAGCGUCGACCUGCGCACGUUGAUAGCCCGGUGUAUGGCCGACGAUCGUGAAGACCGGCCAACGCUAAACGAGCUUCUUACUACUAUCCAGACGAGUAUUGCGCGGGACGAUGCGAUAGCAUUUGAGACCGAAAGGGUAUUUCAAACAGAAAGAGCAGCAGAUCCCACUAGGCAGAGACUGCCCGUAAAUGUUACGAGACCUCCUGAGGUGGAAGAUGAUGCAUUGCUGAGCAGGUUCUUCCAGGAGUAUAUCCGAGACCCGCCCUCGAGAGAGGAUCCAUAUGGCGAGUUUUGGGACCAGUAAUCAUAAACAUGUAUAUCAUAGCGGAGAGUUUUUGGCGGAGAGUUUCUGACGGAUAGUUUGCAAGCGAUCUAAUCUAAUCUAAUCUCUAAUCAAAGGAUAGUUAAUCGAUAAGAAUUCCCGCAAGGCA